AUGGAGUGUCCUAUUUGCCAAAGAGCCUUCAUACACAAAGGCAAGCUAAAUAGGCACAUCCUCACACAUUCUUCAAUUAAGUUAUUCAGUUGCAGCGUCUGUGACCAAAAGUUAUCCACUAAAUAUGCUUUAGACCGUCAUAUGACUGUUCAUACAGACCAUAAGCCAUAUGUUUGCGAAGAAUGCAAAAAAGAAUUUACCACAAAAGAACACCUGCAUCGCCACUUAAACUCAAGGAAGCAUGAGCCCUUAUCUUGUGAAAAAUGUGGGGCUUUAUUUCAGAGAGAAGAUGCUUUUAAAAGACACAACUGUCAAGAUGUAAAGGAAUUUUUGAUUGAGUCUUGGUGAGAAGAAAAAGAAAGCAAGCCAGUUAAAGUUGUGAGUGAAGAAUGGGUAUGUCCUGCUCCUUUUUGUUAUAAAAAAUACACAACGAGGUCUAAUUUAAGGACUCAUUAUAGGACUGCUCAUGAGAAGCGUGGACUGAUUUGUCCAAAUUGCAAUGCAACGAUGAUGCAUAAACACACGCUAGUGAAGCAUCUUAAUAAGUGUACACAGAGUAAAGGGAAUCCAAGUUCAACUGAAUGUUCUAAUUAG